AUGGAGACAAGAGAGCAGAGAUUCAAAAGGGCUUCUGCUGAGUCCCUAAUGUUAAAGACCGAGCCAGACGACUUGCAAAAACUCAAGCUCUAUGGCCUAUACAAGCAAGGUUCUGGAUUUGAUUUUAGCAAAGCCCCAAAACCAAGCGCUUUUAGUCUUAAUUUCAAGGAUAAAAUGAAAUAUAACGAAUGGAAGAAAUUCAGCCACCUCUCUGUCGAAGAAGCGCAACUCAAUUAUAUCGAUCUUGUCGAAUCAUUCAAGAAUGAAUAUGGCUUUGAACCGCCAAAAGUAGAGAAAAAGAAUGAGCCGGAGGCUGAAGGAAAAGAAGAAGCGAAGGAAAAUGAUGAGGAAGCGAAGAAGGAAGAAAGGGAAGACGUGUGGGAAGACGAAAAUUAG